GACAUCUAUUAGGAUAGCUGUGCCCUAAAAAACAAGUGUAUGUAUGUGUGUGUAGGGUAUACCCCCAAAUUGUGAAUAAACAAAAAGGUGUCUAAAGAUUGUUGUUAUUUACCGUAAUGUCAUACACAAUAAGAGAGGGCGUCAAAGAUGACUGUGCGGCCAUCGAACAGCUAAUUAAAGAGCUGGCCGUUUACGAGCGUAUGCCCGACGGACCGAAAAUUGAUCGCACGAUACUAGAGAGGGACGGUUUCGGUGAUGGACCGACCGGUCGACUAUUUCGGACGUUUGUGGCCCAACUUGACGACGACAACAGCAAACAGAUAGUAGGCUAUGCUUUGUAUUUCUAUAAGUACUCGACGUGGGAGGGAAAGGGUAUUUGGUUGGAAGAUCUAUAUGUUAGGCCUGAAUAUCGCGGAAAAAGUAUCGGUUUGUCUCUGUUCGGCGCAGUGGCCAACCAGGCCGUCCUCGAAGACUGUUGUCGACUCGAGUGGAACUGUCUUGACUGGAAUCAAAGCUCCAUUUGUUUCUACAAAAAGCUUAACGGUGUCGAUCUGACUGAGUCCGAGGGCUGGCAUACGUUCCGAUUGACGCCCGAACACUUCAGACAACUGGCCAACAAAUAUGGUCAACAGUGAUGACAAUAGUUACGAUGAUUUUAUAAUUGUUAGUAAAUAGUGUUAAUAAA